AUGAGGAAUAUCAAAGAAGCACGAUUCCCGAAGCCAAUCAGAUCUGAUCCCAGCCAGAGGGAUCCUAACUUGUGGUCGCAAAGCUUGAAGAACAGCCAUCUUAGGGAGUUAUUCAGCGACCGAGCCAAGAACAAUUACGGUUGCAGCCGGGACACCGUAGAGCCCUCGAAGAUAGGAGAAGACCCUCCUCGGUUGACUAUCAACAUGAUUUUCGGAGGGAAUGAAAUCAAUGAUUUAACCUUCUCGGCGGCCAAGAAGACAAAGGUAUUUGUGACCUACAGGAAGAGACUCCGGGAAGUCGCAAAAAAUAACAUCACCUUCACGAAGGAAGACAGCGAUGGACUUCUUCUACCGCAUAACGACACCCUGGUAAUUUCUCUUAAUGUUCUAGAUUUAAAGAUUAAGCGUGCUUUGGUUGACCCAGGAAGCUCAGCCAACAUAAUUCAGUGGAGAGUGCUGGAACUAGCCAAAUUAACCAGAAGUAUCAUUUUGGCAACAAAGCUCCUCGCCGGGUUCAACUGGGCAAGUGUGACAAGCCAAGAAGAGAUCCUGUUACCCACGAACGCCGGAGGGGUAACAAAGACCAUCUUAUUUGAAGUGGUGGAUGGCGACAUGGGCUACAACAUAAUUCUCAUUAGGCCAUGGUUACAUGAGAUGAAGGCCACCAUUAAUAUAUCACCAACUGCUGAAAUUCCCGACCCCAGAGGAAAUCAAGCAGAUAAGAGGAGAUCAACCUAUAGCAAGAGAAAUGAAUGCAGUAUCAAUUUCCAGCAAUAA